AGCAGCGCGGGGGAGGCGGGAGGGGUUGUUCCCAAGGGUCGCUACAGCUGUCCCGACUGCGGGAAGGUGUUCAGUCGGAAGUCCUACCUCACCCCCCACCUGCGCAUCCACACCGGGGAAAAGCCCUUCACGUGCAACGAAUGCGGGAAGAGUUUCCGGAUCGGGUCGUCUCUCAACAGGCAUAAACGGGUCCAUACGGGGGAGAAACCCUACCGGUGCCUGGACUGCGGGAAGCAUUUCCGGCUCACUUCCACCCUCUGCACCCAACGGGAACGGGUCCAUACGGGGGAGAAACCCUACCGGUGCUUGGACUGCGGGAAGCAUUUCCGGCUCACUUCCACCCUCUGCACCCACCGGAAGAUCCACGCCCUGGAGAAACCCCACGUCUGCCCUGUUUGCGGGAAGGCCUUCCAGGCCAGGAGGUACCUGCUGCUCCACAAAGCCACCCACGGCAAGGAGAGCCCUUUCCCGUGUCCCGUGUGCGGGAAGAAGUUCAUGUUGAGGAAGUACCUGAGUCUCCAUCGGCGGGGGGACACGGGAGAGAAGCCGCACCAGUGCUCGGCGUGCGGGAAUCCCUUCAACCGGAAAUCGACCUUAAUCGUCCACCAGCGGGUCCACACCGGGGAGAAACCCUACCAGUGUCCCGAGUGCGGGAAGAGCUUCAGCACCAGUUCGGACCUCGUCGGCCACCGGAGAAUCCACACCGGUGACAAACCCUACGGUUGUCUCGAGUGCGGAAAGAGCUUCCGGUUGAGCUGCCAACUGGUGAGACACCGGCAGUGCCACACCACGGAGAGACCCUACGGGUGUGUGGUUUGCGGGCAGAGCUACAAGGACAGCUCGGGACUCAUCCGACACAGGAAAACCCACGGGAAGAAGCAGCGGGAAGGUCAGCGAGGGGACGGACGUUACAAAUGUCCCUACUGCAGUAAAAAAUUCCAGGAAAAGUCAGCUCAGGUCCUCCACCGCGCCACCCACGCAACAGCGUCACCCCAUAGGUGCUCCAAGUGCAGCAAGGCCUUCCGGCACGGAGGAUCCUUCCUGAAACACGGACGAAUCCAUACGGGAGAGAGACCCUUCAGGUGUCCCUGCUGCCGGAAGGGCUGUCGCGACCGGUCGACCCUUCGGAGGCACCAGCGGAGUCACGCCGAGGCGAAACCCUUCAGGUGUCCCAGCUGUGGGGAAUGUUUUGGUACCCUCACGGCCACCCUGGAGCAUCAGCAGCUCCACAGCGAGGGGGGGACUUCCGAAUGCUCCGACGGCGGGAAGAACUUCCAGGCCAAUGACUUCCUCCUCGUGCACCGACGGAUCCACACGGGAGAAAAAUCCUACACCUGCGCCACCUGCAAGAAAACCUUCCACCACGCCUCCCGCUGCAGGAAGCACCGGGAGAGUCACCGGAAAACCAGGGUGUUGCGCGACCGCACGCUGAGAGGGAAGGUCCGGCGCGGGGCGGGCGCGGGAUGCGGCGAUCCACCGGCGAGUCCAGGCGGGCCUCCCGCAGCCCAAGAGCAAGAGAAUUCGGGAUGCCCGGAGUCUGUCGGCCGGUCGGCCGCGGAUGUGCCCCGUGUCUCACCCGAUGACCGCGGUUGUGUGAGUGUUGGCACGCCCAGGGUUGGAGCCCGCCGCUAG